AUGUCGCAGAGAGAAUACCACAUAGUCGUUCUGGGAUCGGGUGGAGUCGGAAAAAGUUGUCUGACAGCGCAAUUCGUUCAGAAUGUUUGGAUAGAAAGUUAUGAUCCCACUAUCGAGGACUCGUACCGAAAGCAGAUCGAGGUGGAUGGUCGCCAUGUCAUUCUGGAGAUUCUCGAUACCGCAGGAACAGAACAAUUCACUGCCAUGAGAGAAUUGUAUAUGAAAACCGGACAAGGCUUCCUUCUGGUCUUUGCUAUAACUUCUGCAUCAUCGUUUCAUGAACUUGCUGAGUUGAGAGAGCAAAUACGACGAAUCAAAGAAGACGACAAUGUUCCCAUGGUACUCGUUGGCAACAAAUCGGAUCUCGAAGAGGACAGAGCAAUUCCACGGCCGAAAGCGUUCGCGACAUCGCGGGAGUGGAACACGCCGUAUUUCGAGACCAGUGCGCGAAGAAGGGCGAACGUGGACGAAGCUUUCGUUGAUCUGUGCCGGCAGAUUAUUCGCAAGGAUGCAAAUGAACGGAGGCAUCCUCAGGCCAUAGACCCAAGGACUGGCGGAGGUCCCAGGCGAGGGGGUGGAAGAAGGGACAGGGAGCGGCGACCACGACAUCGGCCGAAAUGUGCAAUUCUUUGA